CCUUAAUUCAUCAUCAAACUCCUCAUUCAAGUCUCAAAACAAAAUUCGAAAAUCAAAUCAAAUCAAACCUCUCUCUUUUCUUUCUCGUGUUAAUCAUCAUAUCAAAUUCAUCAUCAUCACCAUGCAGAUCUUCGUGAAAACCCUAACCGGCAAAACCAUAACCCUAGAGGUAGAAUCCUCCGAUACCAUCGACAACGUCAAAGCCAAAAUCCAAGACAAGGAAGGAAUUCCUCCUGAUCAGCAGCGAUUGAUCUUUGCAGGGAAGCAAUUGGAAGAUGGGAGGACUCUUGCGGAUUAUAAUAUCCAGAAAGAGUCUACGCUACAUUUGGUUCUUAGGUUGCGCGGUGGAAUGCAGAUUUUUGUGAAGACGUUGACGGGGAAGACGAUUACUCUUGAGGUGGAGAGUUCUGAUACUAUUGAUAAUGUGAAGGCCAAGAUUCAGGAUAAGGAGGGGAUUCCACCUGAUCAACAGCGAUUGAUCUUUGCCGGUAAACAGCUUGAGGAUGGAUGAACUCUUGCUGAUUAUAAUAUUCAGAAAGAAUCUACACUUCACCUUGUUCUCAGGCUCCGUGGUGGUGCCGCCCGCGAUAUAUAAGUUGAUCAAAUAUAUACUUCUUUCUCUAUGUUAAUUAUGUUUACUUUGAUAUGGAUGGAUGUUUGUUCUGUUAUUUCUUGAAAGUUAAUAAUCAAUAAAAGUUUCAAUUUUCUGUCA